GUCUAAAAAGUCUUCAUUCGGUAAGUAGCUUUCAAUAAAGUUGGACAUAAAAAGUGAAAAAUCUAGGAUGACAAAGUCACUUGAUAGAUAUUUGGCUCUUAACCAUUUGAUUGAGAGAUUGUCGUAUUAUUCAGGCUUCAAUCCUUUCGCUCCUACAUGGAAGUUCGAUAGACACCGAACCUUUCAUCUGUUCAACAUUGCAUUAGGAUAUUUGACAACCUUCUUCUGUAUGUAUGAUGCUGAAUCAGGAACUGAAAUUGUUAUUCGUUCUAUGGGACUCGGAAUAUUCACUCAAACGUUCUUAAAAUGCUUUUUGGUAAUUAUUGGAGCAGAUUCUUAUCAGCAACUCAUCACACAGAUUGAAAUGCUCUAUCGUUCGAAAGACACGAAGAUCCAGGAAGUUAUGACAAAAAGAAUUAAUCUGUGCGAAAAAAUCUACAAUAUAAUUUCUAUUGUCAACUCAUCAGCUGUACUCAUUUUUAUCGCAUAUCCAUGGGUCACAAUUUUCUUCAUGGACGAACCGACUUUGAUGUUUCCAUUCUUUUUUCCAUUUCUGGACCCUCAUCGCUAUGUUGGAUUCACUGCAGCUAGCUUGUUUCAUUCUGUUUUGAUCAUCUAUACUUUAUUAUUUCACAAUGCCUUUGAUAUUGCUUUUAUCAACUUUACUGUCCAUGCCAUUGCAAUGGUUGACUUGAUCAAGAUUGACUAUGAUGAACUUGGUAAGUUUGCUGAAAAUUGUAAUGCUGAUUGUGAACAAGACAUGAAGGUAAUUAGGCAGAAAUUAAAAGGAAUUGUGGAAGCUCAAAAGGAAUUUGAUUCUUACAUCGAUAAACUUAACAGUAUGUAUGAAUGGCCAUGCUUUGUGACUUCAUCGACAAGCAUUUACUCGAUUUGCAUUGCAUUAAUUUUAAUUAUGAUUGUUAAGCUGCCAGUUGCUUAUGGUUUGUGUUGGGCACUGCUUGGACAGUUGUUUUGUAGUUAUAUGAAUGGUGAAGUUAUUAAUCACCAGUAUGCACGACUGGGUCGCUAUCUUUAUGAGUUGCCAUGGCAUAAGUUUAGAGUUGCUGAACAAAAGAUGAUGGUUUUGAUGAUUCAGAAAGCAGCAAGACCAAAUCUGAUGAAUAUUUUAUUCACAGGAUUGCUGAACUUGCAGACAUUCUCGACAAUCUGCAACGCAAUUUAUUCAUACUACAACAUUUGUGAGACUUUGUUGAAGGAGAUGCCGAAGCCAAUUGAUAGAUACUUAGCACUUAAUCAUUUGAUCGAGCGAUUGUCAUAUUAUUCAGGAUUCAAUCCUUUCGCUCCGACAUGGAAGUUCGAUAGACACCGAACCUUUCAUCUGUUUAAUAUUGCAAUGGGAUUUUUGACUACUUUUUGCUGUAUGUACAUUGCGGACGAAGGCAUUGAGAAGAUUAAGAUAUCCUUUUCACUUGGUAUUUUCUGUCAAACAUUGUCGAAGUCAUUUUUGUUGAUGAACGGAGCUGAUUCUUACGUUCAACUUAUCGCCAAGAUUGAGAUGAUGUACCGUUCGAAAGAUAAGAAGACACAAGAAGUCAUGGAUCGUAAGAUCAGCCUGAGCGAGAAAAUCUAUAAAAUAGUCUCAUUCAUUAAUACAUCUGCGGUUGUUAUUUUUAUCCUUUAUCCUUGGAUUAUGAUCAUCUUCACCCAUAAACUAAGAUUGAUGUUUCCAUUCUACAUUUCCAUUUUCGAUCCUCAAUCCUACAUCGGUUUUGGUUCUACUUAUAUAUUUCAUUGUGUACUGCUUAUCUACACGCUGCUAUUCCAUAAUGCAUUCGAUAUUGCUUUCAUUAACUUUACUGUACAUGCCAUUGCAAUGGUUGACUUGAUUAAGAUUGACUAUGAAGAACUUGCUGAGUUUACUGAAAAUUGCAAUGCUGAUAGCGAAGUGGAUAUGAAAGCUAUCAGGCAGAAAUUAAAAGGAAUAAUUGAAGCUCAGAGAGAAUUUGAUGCCUAUGUUGAUAAUAUAAACAGCCAUUAUACCUGGGCAUGCUUUGUGACUUCAUCGACAAGCAUUUUCUCGAUUUGCAUUGCUCUAGUCUUAAUAUUGAUUGUCAAAUGGCCAGUCGCUUAUGGAUUGUGUUGGGCAUUGCUUGGACAGUUGUUUUGUGCUUACAUGAAUGGCGAAAUGAUCAAUCAUCAGUAUGUUCGUCUAAGUCGCUAUCUUUAUGACUUACCGUGGCAUAAAUUCAGAGUUGCUGAAAAGAAAAUGAUGAUUUUGAUGAUUCAGAAGGCAUCAAGACCAAAUCUGAUGGAAAUUCUGUUCGCUGGAUCUUUGAAUUUAGAGACAUUCGCAACUAUCUGUAACGCGAUCUACUCAUACUACAAUAUAUGUGAAUCAUUACUGAAGACAUAG